CACGUUUCGCGUCGUUGUGGACAACCAUGGCCGAGGUAGGCAGAGUAGACGACGGGUACAGGUCGUCGGACGAUGAGGACUACAUGCCAUCGGCUGGCUCGGACGACGAGGUCGAGGUGGUGGUCGAGGCCGGGACCGCGGCAGCAGUCACAGCUGGGGCUGGGCCAGGCGCGAAUGGGCUGCGCAAGAAGAAGCAGAAGCGGAAGCGGAAGCGGAAUGUGGAUGCAUUGGAUGAGGACGAAAAGCUGCUCAAGCGCCGUGGCGUCGGCAUGUCCGAGGAGACGAGGAAGCUGGCCGAGGCGAUGAGGGCCGAGGAAGAGGCGGCCAGGCUAGCCAACGAGGUCAAGGCAUCAUCUGCGCGCAAGGCCACCGUCGACGAUCUCUGGGCCGAGCUGAACGGCGGGAGCAAGUCCAAGGCGGCCGCGCCACGCAAGACUUCGAGCGCAGCAGCUGCUGCUCGAGCGCCGGCGGCCGCGGCUCCGCCGCCAUCUCGCGCGGCGACCAAGGCACGGCCGUCGCUGCAGGAAAUCAUGGCUGGCAAGACGAGCCGCACAACAAGCAGGAAGCCAGGAGUGGUGGCGUUGACAGAAGAGUUUGACUUUGCAGGCACUACGGUGGCGGUAACCAAGGAGGUGGCGGCCAACUCGACCGAGGCGCGGCGGGCGCAAAAGUCGAAUCGGGUCGACGCGCUCCUCUCCAAACUCAAGGGCAAGAAGAAGAUGACGGUUGGGCUCAAAACCGCCCUCGACUGGAACUCGUUCAAAGAGAGCAACAACCUGGCGGCCGAGCUCGAGGCCAAGCGCAAAGACGCGUAUCUGGAGCGCCAGGACUUUCUUCAGCGGACCGACGAGAGGCUGUUUGAGAAGGAGAAGGCGCAGCGGCAAACCGAGCGCCUCAAGCUCGAGGCGGAAUUGGCGGCGCUCAAGCGCCGGUAGCCGCCGAUGGCCCGCUACUCCCGGUACUCGACGAACGAGCCGUGACCAGUCUUGCUCGCGUGCUCCACCGCGGCCUUCUGUCCCCGCAGCACUGUGCCACAGUCUUGGCAAAAGAGAGCAAAGGAGCCAACGUCGGUAAAGCCGUGCGCCGA